AUGGGGAUGAAGCUGACGAUUGUUUUGCUCCACUUCGUGUGGCAAGCAACGCUUCUUUACUGCCUCUGGCGGCUUAUCAAGACCUUCGCUUCAAUUCGAUCUCCACAACAUCGCUAUGGUGGGGCGCUGGGCGUACUGAUUUUAAUUGCAGCCUGCCCAGUGCUGACUUUUGUCUGGCUGGACGAUCGCCAAUUACCUGUGGCAAGCGAGCUAGAGUCGCUAACUGGUAUCUCGGUCGAUUCAUCCUCCAAGACAUUCCUGGUCGAUGAUCCCGAUCCCAGCCUGGAAAGUCACGGCAAUGCGACGACGGUUGCUGCUGCGACAGAAUCGCGCGCAGACGCAAACUGGCUGUCGGGCAUUGCCUAUGCGACUGUUGUUAUCCAGCCGUACCUCAUGCUGCUUUGGACGUGCGGCGUUAUCGUUCUUGGUCUGCGACUUUGCCUGAGCUAUUUCGGGACCGUUUGGCUGCGCCGAUUUGGAUUGACGCCGAUCGAAUCCUCGCUGCUGGUUCGUUACUCCGACUUAGCGCAUCAACUUGGUUUGUGGCAAAUGCCGUCCGUCGCUUACUCUGCACACAUUCGCCAAGCGAUGGCAGUUGGCCUUUUGCGGCCAAUGGUUUUGUUGCCGGUUGCCUGGAUGACCGAGAUCACGCCACAAGUGCUUGAAGCUGUCCUAGCUCAUGAGUUGGCUCAUAUUCGCCGACAAGACUUGUGGAUCAAUUUCCUGCAGCGUGUCGUAGAGACGAUCUUUUUCUAUCACCCGGUCGUCUG